CUUAUCUUCCUACUAAUCUGAACAAGGAUCUGUGAGCGGACGGAACAACCCAGGGAAUGUAUGUACAUUAGAAUACUUUGUAGAUACAUGCCCAGACCGCUUGUCAACUAUACGUUAAUGAAUUAGGGGACAUCGUCACGAAGCAUAAAAACCGAUGUAGCCAAAUGCUUGAUGGUAGAUGCACGUCCGGAAUUUCUCAAUGACGGUGUUGUUAUCACAAUUAGAAUAUGCAUACCGGCAUAAACACGUUUUAAAAUGUUGAACAGAAAGACUAUUUGGAUGGAAUAUUCUACCAUAAGUGUUCAAAGUAGUAUCGACGGAAAAACCUAAAGUGGAAGCAAAAUGUUCAAGUUUGUCAGCAACAAGUUAAAGAUAACGCAUGUAUUUUUGAUACAACAACUAAAUAUUAAGAGCAUUUUUUGCUUCUUCUUUGCUGUGUUGUUGUUUGGAUUUCUUGGACUUUUACUUAAUUUUUCUUACAUGAUUCAAAAAACCGAUAUCAUAAUAGUGACUGGAAAAACAGCUAUCAAACAGGAAUUUCGGAAACCUUUAGAAGUAGUUGAAACUGAAAAUAACGUUACCGAUACGGUGAUAGAUAUAGAAGCAGACGGUGCCUUGGAUAACAGCUUUUACGAUGAACGAUUUGAUGAUAUGGAAAUACAACUACCUUCCGUCUUUGUGGGACCAGAGGAUGAAGAAGAAUUUAACGAAACAUCUCGUAAAUAUUUAUCAUACAACGACAGUUAUUCUUAUCCGUUGGAAAUAGACUUAGAACGUCUUGUAAACAACCUGAUAGUGUUCAAACAGCGCAUACCUUAUCGCCAGAUCAAUCCUCACCCAUACAGUUUUAUCCAGCCUCCUCCCAAGUGUCAUUUCCCGCACCAUAACAACAGCACGAAAACGGUAUUGGUGCUUAUUAAAUCUGCCGUGUCAAAUAUGGAGCUAAGGGCGGCGGUAAGGGCGAUGUGGAGGGAUUUGCGUGACCCCUACGUACGGCGCGUGUUCAUGCUAGGUUACAACGGGUCCUAUCAGGCCUUGGUGGACGAGGAGGUCCGCCAGUAUAAUGAUAUUGUCCAAGAGAAUUUCUUAGACGCCUACAUGAAUAACACUUUGAAAACGGUUAUGUCAUACAACUGGGCAAUGAAGAACUGUUGGGAGGCCGACAUGUUGUUGUUUCUAGAUGACGAUUAUCACGUUCAGCCUCACGCUUUGAUUAAAUACAUCAGAGGAAUCGAAAAGAUGAAUAAAACAGGCGUUUAUCUCGGAUCAACUGCUAUAGCUGCAAAGCCAGAACGGAACGAAAAUUCAAAAUGGAAAACAAGUUUCCAUGAAUAUCCAUACGAUCACUUUCCACCAUAUAUUGGAGGCGGGGCAUAUUUGCUUUCCAAAGAUGUGGCAAGGAAAUUUAAAGUUGCAUUUCCAUACGUAAAAUAUUUAGGAAUAGAUGAUGUAUAUCUAGGAAUUGUAGCUAAAAAACUUGCUAUAACCCCAAAAUACGACGCUCAUUUUUCAACUCUCUCUAACAUUUCAUUGGCAAAAGAAUGUUCGCACGACCCAGCAGAGCUUGUGUCAGGGAAUUGUCAAAUAGCGGAUAGGAAACGCCGACUUCUUCUGAAACCAACCAUUCCGUUACCUGAUGGUAAAUUCCUUACAGAUAACUCAACAUUCAACUAUCCAUUGAUGGUUAACAUGACGCAACUAGUGAACGAUAAACUUCUACGUCACAAAGACUCUAGCAUUCCACCAAUCAACCCGCAUCCCUACAACUACGUCCAUCGCCCAAACAGAUGUUCUUUCCUUCAUGCAGACAAACACGUAAAAAACGUUCUUCUUUUAGUCAAGUCGCAAGCGUCCAACGUAGAAGAGCGAUUGUAUCUGAGAAAAUUGUGGGGCAUUCAUCGAGACUAUAACUUCAAGAAAGUUUUUCUGUUAGGGAUGGGACGCUCGAAACAAUCAUUAGUUGACGAGGAAAGCCGGAAGUAUCGUGACGUCAUUCAGGAGGACUUCCGGGACGAUUAUAUGAACAGUACCCGAAAAACAAUAAUGGGGUUCAAUUGGGCGGCUAAGUUCUGUGCUCAAGCAGAUUUCAUCGUUGUAUUGAAGGAAGGAUAUGAUAUUGAUAUCAACAGAACUUUAAAAUACUUAAGGACCGUUUUGCCAAGCAAGCAAUCAUCAGACAUAUUUAGAGGAAAGUUAGUUAAAAACGCAUAUCCAACACGCGAUUUAGAUUCACGGUUAUUCCUGUCACGGAAAACGUAUCCAUUGGAAAAGUUCCCGCCAUUUCUUAAUGAAAAGUUUUAUGUUAUAUCAUCAGACGUAGCCUGGAAAUUUCAAGUUGCAUUUCCAUUUGUGAAAUAUUUUGGACGAAGUGACGUAUACUUAGGUUUUGUAGCGCGAAAAUUACAAGUAAAACCCAAGGAAGACAGUAUAUUUGUCGAUCCGCCAAAACUCGAGGCUGUGGCCGAGUGCCCGGAUUCGUCUGUUGCGAAGAUAAUUACAAAAGAAUGCAUUUCAUCAAAGGAUCUACUCAAAACUAAAACUACACCCAAAAAAAUCACAGUAAUAAGGAAAGUUAAAAUCAAAUCAAAAUUACCUGUUGUUGAUGUAACAUGAAAUAAAUAG